AUGCAAUCAAUCUGCGAUGCAGUACGUAGGUUUAGUGUGACAAUCAAACUUCCACCUACAAUUUGCAGACUCAGAGUUAUUGUUCUCACCUCAUGCACCCCUCAAGUUCCUUCCCAUUUUUUUCCAUUUCAAGUAGAAUCAACACAGCAGCAGAUUUGGGUAAUUGUGGAGCAAUGGAGCUCCAACAAUGGCUUCCACGACCUCGAUUCAAAACCGGUGCAUCAAUGGCUGCGUCCAUUCGGGGUCCCGAAUGGACGCAGCACUGAUGCGAACCGUGAAACGGGUUUUGACAAGAAACUCCUCCGUGCUGCGGUGAAGGAAUUACUGAAGAUUUGUGCCUUCAGAUUGUGGCGCGGCGGAGCUCCAACAAUGGCUAGGUCCAAGAGCACAAGGCAAAAAGGACACCUGAAUGGACGCAGCCAUCGAUGCGAUGCGUGAAAUGGAUUUUCACGACAAACUCGUUCGUGCUACGGUGAAGGAAUUAACGAGUGAAGGUGGACGAUUCAAAGAGUGAGUUUGCCCAAUAACUUUUUGUUACUGAAUCCAAAUCUUGGGUUAUCGUUUUCGUCAACAAAUUCAAAUAGCAGUUUUUACGAAAGAAAAAAUAUGGAUGAAUUUUUGCAGCUUGGGAAGCAUACAAUUAUAGUGACUAACCUAGAUAGAGAGCGCGCAUGAGCAAA